GAAAACUGUCAGUGUCUGUCUGUCGUUCAAUCAGUGGUGGAAGGAGAAACAAAAAGUUUUCUUUAAUCGCACAAAAGUUAAAAUUUAGCAAUUUUCGUUGGUUAAUCAUCAUCUUAGAUCAGCUAAAACAUGUAACAGGAAAAGGUGUAGUGUUACAUGGAAUAAAUAGCUUUGUCAGUUGCAUUUUGUCCGCGCUGAUGCGAGCAAGUUCACUUUUCACCCUGAACGAUGGACAACAACAAGAAUCAUGCAUUUUCCGAGAAGCUAAAGGAGCAGGUGAACGCCUCGUUCGAACGGAUUCGGAAGGCGCUGGAUCUGCGGGAGAAGCUCUUGCUGAGGCAGCUUUCGGUCGUCGUCCAGCAGUCGCAUCACGUCACUUUUCAGUUCGAUAACAUAAAAUUUGUGGACGGAGGCGAGGAGGAUUUGAUUGGCCGGAUUCGGACUUACGGCAGGUACAACAUUGACAAUUUCAACAUCAUCCUGAAGGAUCCUUAUGAAAACGAAGACUACAUUCAACCGGUGGACGAUCACGAUUUGAUGCACAAAAGCUGCCGGAGGGGAACAGGAGAAGAGGACCGGGACAAUCCGGAAAGCGAGGAAAUUGUGGUGGAGUUCUUCAGCAACAAGAGUCUGAUCAGGGAGGGGGCGGAAAUGGUCCGGGAAUCGAUUAUCAAUCUGGCGUUGAACGAAAGUAAGGAAUUGAUUGAUAGGUCUCUCGCUAGGGUGAGUAUGGGCCCGGAAUUGGAGGAGGAAUUGGAGCGAAUAAAAAUCGAUUUAACAAACUGUCGUAACCGAGGAGGAAAGGCGAUAACGGACUCACUUUCGUUGGAAGGUGAAGGUGCAUGCGUUGAAACUGUUGAUAUUAGUAACAAUAACCAUACCAUAGCAAAUGAGGAAGAGGAUAUAGGAUUGGAACAAACGAAAGUUGUCAAGACUCAGAAUUUGAUUACGAAGGCUUCUCAGACGGAACUCGAUAAAGCUGGUAGGCACCUUAGCAGCAUUACAACGAGUAGUAGCUCAACGUCUAAAAGCGCAAAACAGGAUAAAAAUCUGAAAAAUGUAUCCACCCUAACGAUGAACAACUGUGGAGGCACAAUCAAUCUUAAAAACGUAACAAAUCUAACUAUUAAUACAUGCCCGGAUAGUCCACCGGCAAAACCAAUCGAACGUCCACCAGCCCCACGUUGUCCCUCGGAAGAAGGCAGCCCAGAGUGCGGUUUCUACAAGCGUCUCAUCACCGAGAACAAAAUCCUGCGCCAGCACAUCCUCAAAACCACCCUUUCCAAUGCUAAACCCCAAGUAACUACAACGCAGACCUCCAGCAGUUCCGAUUCCCCGUCAACGGACACGGAACCAUCCUCUGCUAGCAGCACCACUUCCAACCACGCCCAGUCGAAACGACUUCCGCUGACGGCAGCCGAGCUGCGAGCCGUUCUCAAUCUGCCGCGGCAGGAUGACACUCUUUCCCAGGUCCUGGGCGAUCUGUUCGUGUUGGCAUCACCAACGACGGCCAUGGGAGUGGCCACGGCCGCUGUCGAGUCAAGCGGUCAGACCCAGGAGCACACGAUGCAGAUCCAGCAGUGGCUGAAGCAGAUCAUGUCCGAAACGGAAACCGAACCGGUGCAGAACGCGGAGAUGAUGGAGUUUAGUCACAUCAAUAACUAACUGGUCCCAUCGUCCACCACCUAGGUAUUCUGUCUAGCUCGUAAUAUUAUGCGACAAAAGUUUAAGAGAAAUUUCACGCGGAGCAAUUGCUUAUUUCUGACUGGAUCUAGUUAAACCAAAGCGAUAGCAAAAUUGUAGAAGUUAUUCUUUCGUUAACUAUCAAUACAUCAAAAUCAAUUCACGUGUAUAAAUUGAAAAAUUAUCAUCAUUCCUCGUUCACAUUUCAAAUGAUAUUUGAAAUUUAGCAUCAGCCACGCAUCAAUGAUACUUAAAGUAUAUCCUUCCAAAAUAAUUCCUUCCAGCGAGAUAAACGAACAAUCUGUUUUUUUUUUCGGUAAACAUUUUUUUUUAAAUCGUUAGUAUUCGAUAAGUUACACAUAUCUAUACAAAUGUAUUAAAAAGUUUUAUUUUUAUAUGAGAUUACGUCUAACAAUACAUAAAUUCCAAACUAAUGUUCAAUCAAUAUCAGUAUAUAUGCCGUGGUUUUAAUAUUUGUAUCUAAACGAACAUUUUUACAUUUUUAUAACACAACUCAAAAAGUGUAAUCGCAACAGUAUGUCCGUGUGCGAUAUAAAUAUAAUCACGUAACGAAAAUUAUUGCUUAUAAAACUAUCAUUCAUAACUAGCAUAAAUGCUAGCAGCUAAAUCAGCAUAAUGGAAAAACGUCUCAGUGCAUUAUUGAUGUGUCAAAUAUCGAUCCCGAAUUUGGUUUCAGCAACUACAUAGCGCACGUAAAAAUAAUAAUGAAAAUUGAAUAAAUUCUAGACGUACCAAGAGUAAAA